UAUAUUCGUUAGAAUUAGAUAUGCAGUCUGAAAAAAUCAUGCACACACCAUAAAUAUUAUGUCUGGGUGACUGUCAUAGGUCUUUGCAAUUAUAUUUGUGGGGUUUUUUUAACUUUUAUAGCUUUAAGCCUCAUCUCUGCUGUGUACGUUUAGUGUAUAUCUUCAAAUUUUGGUGUGGCAGUAGGAAAGUUUGUUUUGCAAUACAGAUCCUUCCCUUGUAAUGUAACAAGCUGUCUAAAAGACAGAAAAUCGAUGGCUGUAUGUAUGCAAUAGCUGUUAAAAAACAAAACAAAACACAACAAGAAAACCUCCUGUGGAGCAGCUUAUAUUUAAGAGCUAUUUUGAAUUGCAUUGCAUAUUCCAUUACUCACAGAUAAAACCUCUCAUUACAGUAGAAGCACAAUCUUUUUGUACGUGUGUUGUUUUUCCUAGACAUUUUAGCAUAGCACUCUUCAGUGGAAGAAUUCAGCUUCAUUACUUCCGUGAAGGAGAAUAAUGAAGUAAUAAUAAUAUACGGAAAGAGAAGGCCUCUAGCCUUAGCUGGACAUUUGUUUUGCUUAGGUAUGAACGAAAAAGCCAUUCUGGUAAAUGCUAAGGUUUGCUGGCACAAGUGCAUCUACAUUUGAAAUGCUUUCAAUAUUUAUUAGUGUUCCUGCAUUGGUAGGUCACUUCUUGUACAGACAUGGUCAAUGAUGGAGAGGAGGAGUGUAGCUUGUGCUAAGAAGUUUCUGAAAUGAGUUGUUUCUUUUGGUAUAUAAUAUGACAGAAGUAUCUGUGUCCCUUUCCUGACCUAAAAAAAGCCAUUUUAAAAGUGCGUGCUGCCAUAAGCCUACUGACAGUGCUGUGAAACCACCUGAAUAUGUCACUGAAAGCCAGUAGGGGUGAAACAGCAAAAUGUCUCAUUUCCCUUAACAGUAAGAUGCAGUCACGUACCUCACCGGUUCUGGAAGGGUGCUUUUUUAAAGUCAGCUUUUUCUGCACAUACAGUUUAGGGGAAAUGUUGUUCCGGUAUGAAAUUUCUGUUCAGUCAGUAUGUACAACAAAGCUAAGCAUCUGUUUGGUACUUAAUUGUGAUCAGCUGCUACUACAGAGCUUUUUCCCCACUGUCACAGUAAGUAGACCUGAACAAUCAGCUUUUCUUUAGGUAUUGAAGGUGCUUUAGCAUGUCUAUCGUGAUUGACCCACUUGAAGUAAAAGAAAGGAUCAUCUUAUACAACAGUAAUCCUCUUUCUUUUAUCCCUGCAAAGCUACUGUCUACCUCAGUUGCAGUUAUCCCUUCAAUGCUGCUAUUGUAUGUACAUCUUUAUUUCAUGGGUAGGCUUUAUACAUAUGUACUUCUGUUUUCUUUUUUUUCUUCCCCCCCCCCCCCAAAACAGAAAUAAAUUUUUAAAUUCAGGAUUUAACUUUAAAAAAUGAGUCUACAAGCUCUGCCAUUCCCCCCCCCCCCCAAAUAUUCCCAGUUACAUUCUCAAAUUUUACAAUUUAUAAAUGUUACUUUAUAAAAUCUGUGUAAGAACUUAUGUUUGGUCUUAAGUUAGCCAGGCUGUAGAGCAAAUCAGGGGCUAUUGAUUUUCAUUACUCAGGAAUGCAGCUCAUUAUGGGUUGUCUUCCUAAAGGCAAGCCCUGAUGAACUAUUAGGCUGUGUAAAGCAUCAGGAAAGGACCCUUCCUCCCAGGUCUCUUCAAAGAGGCGUGCCAAAUGCAGAGGUGUGUAUUUGAGCUAUACUACUGCUGUUGUCUUCGUAGUGACCAGAGGAGGAGCUAAGUGAGGAGAAGCAGGAAUGUGAGGAGUGUGCCCUCCAGCAUUUCACCAUCCUCAUUGAAACUAGUAGUGUAAUUGUCUUCACAGGUGAAAAUGAAGUCCUUGAAACUCUACACAAUAUUGCAAGCAAAAACAAGAUAUGGAGGUCCUAUAUAGGCAUGGGUUAUUACAACUGCUCAGUGCCUCAGCCCAUUGCACGGAAUUUGUUGGAGAAUGCAGGAUGGGUUACCCAGUAUACUCCUUACCAACCUGAAGUCUCCCAGGGCAGGCUGGAGAGUCUGCUGAAUUACCAGACUAUGGUAUGCGAUAUCACAGGAAUGGAUGUGGCUAAUGCAUCUUUGCUGGAUGAGGGGACAGCUGCUGCAGAAGCCAUGCAAUUAUGUCACAGGCACAACAAAAGAAGAAAGUUCUAUGUGGAUACCCGAUGCCACCCUCAGACUAUAGCAGUGGUCCAAACUAGAGCAAAUUACACGGGUGUUAUUACUGAGCUCAAAUUACCCCAUGAAAUGGAUUUCAGUGGAAAGGAUGUCAGUGGAGUAUUAUUUCAGUAUCCAGACACUGAAGGGAAGGUGGAAGACUUCUCUGAACUUGUUGAAAGAGCUCAUCAUAGUGGGACUCUCGCCUGCUGCGCUACUGAUCUUCUAGCUCUCUGUAUUCUGAAGCCUCCUGGAGAGUUUGGGGUAGAUGUUGUCCUGGGUAACUCUCAGAGGUUUGGUGUGCCGCUGUGCUAUGGGGGACCUCACGCGGCAUUCUUUGCUGUCAAGGAAAAUCUAGUGAGAAUGAUGCCGGGCAGAAUGGUGGGUGUUACAAGAGAUGCAAACGGAAAGGAAGUGUACCGACUUGCAUUGCAAACACGAGAGCAGCAUAUCAGGAGGGAUAAAGCUACCAGCAACAUCUGCACAGCACAGGCUCUCCUGGCUAACAUGGCAGCCAUGUUCGGUGUAUACCAUGGGUCUGAUGGCUUAAGGCAUAUUGCGAGACGGGUACACAAUGCUACUCUAAUCUUGGCUGAAGGUCUCAGGCGAGCUGGUCAUAAACUACAUCAUGAUCUGUUCUUUGAUACCUUGAUGAUCACGUGUGGAUGCCCAGUCAAAGAGGUUUUGGACAGGGCAGCUCUUAGAAAGAUAAAUUUUCGGAUUUAUAGUGAUGGCAGACUUGGAGUAUCACUUGAUGAAACUGUAAAUGAGAAAGACCUGGAUGACAUAUUAUGGAUUUUUGGUUGCGAAUCUUCAGCUGAACUGAUUGCUGAGGGUAUGGGUGAGGAAACCAAAGGCAUCCUUAGCACCCCAUUUAAGAGAACUUCCAAAUUCUUGACACAUCAGGUUUUCAACAGCUAUCACUCUGAGACAAAUAUUGUGCGAUACAUGAAACGAUUAGAAAACAAAGAUAUUUCCCUUGUUCACAGCAUGAUUCCUUUGGGCUCCUGCACAAUGAAGCUCAAUAGUUCAGCUGAACUUGCACCUAUUUCAUGGAAGGAAUUUGCCAGCAUCCACCCUUUUGUGCCCCUGGAGCAAGCUCAAGGAUAUCAGCAGCUUUUCAAGGAUUUAGAGAAGGACCUAUGUGAGAUUACUGGCUAUGACAAUAUCUCCUUCCAACCAAACAGUGGAGCCCAAGGAGAGUACACAGGUUUGGCUGCAAUCAAAGCUUACCUAAAUGCAAAAGGAGAACGUCAUAGAACUGUUUGCCUUAUUCCUAAAUCUGCUCAUGGCACAAAUCCAGCAAGUGCACAAAUGGCAGGGAUGAAGAUUCAGCCAAUUGAAGUGGAUAAAAAUGGAAGCAUUGAUAUAACCCAUUUAAAAGCAAUGGUGGACAAGCACAAAGAGAACUUGGCAGCCAUCAUGAUCACAUACCCUUCCACCAAUGGUGUGUUUGAAGAGCAGAUCAGAGAUGUGUGCGACCUGAUUCACAAGCAUGGAGGCCAGGUUUACUUAGAUGGAGCAAAUAUGAAUGCCCAGGUGGGGCUGUGUCGUCCUGGAGAUUAUGGCUCUGAUGUCUCUCACUUAAAUCUUCACAAAACAUUUUGCAUUCCCCAUGGAGGAGGAGGACCUGGAAUGGGGCCAAUUGGAGUGAAGAAACAUUUGGCUCCCUACUUGCCUACCCACCCUGUCAUCAAAAUACAGCCGGAUAAGGAUGCAUGUCCUUUGGGUACUGUCAGUGCUGCACCUUGGGGUUCCAGUGCUAUACUGCCUAUUUCCUGGGUGUACAUCAAGACAAUGGGAGCAAAGGGUCUGAAACAUGCUUCUGAGAUUGCUAUACUAAAUGCAAAUUACAUGGCGAAGAGACUUGAGAAGCACUACAAAAUCCUUUUCAGAGGAGCAAGAGGUUAUGUAGCCCAUGAAUUCAUUUUGGAUACAAGGCCUUUCAAAAAAACGGCAAACAUUGAAGCUGUAGAUCUUGCAAAGAGACUUCAGGAUUAUGGUUUUCAUGCUCCAACAAUGUCCUGGCCAGUGGCAGGGACGCUUAUGAUUGAACCAACAGAGUCUGAAGACAAGGCAGAGCUGGACAGAUUUUGUGAUGCAAUGAUCAAUAUUCGUCAGGAAAUUGCUGAAAUAGAGGAGGGCAGGAUGGACCCCCAAAUUAACCCACUAAAGAUGUCACCACAUACUCUGAACUGUGUCACUUCUUCCAAGUGGGAUCGUCCUUAUCCCAGAGAAGUGGCAGCAUUCCCAUUGCCAUUUGUGAAGCCUGAAAGCAAGUUUUGGCCUACAAUUGCUCGCAUUGAUGACAUAUACGGAGAUCAGCAUCUGGUUUGUACCUGCCCACCAAUGGAAGCCUACGAAUCUCCCUUUUCUGAACAGAAGAGAGCAUCUUCGUAAGACUGCUUCCGGCUGCCUGGAUUUCUGAGUCCAUCAAGACGGCCUUUACCUCCCAGACCUGACAGGAGAUUUAUAUACUAUGUAUAUUUUGGAUAAUCACCAUGCUUGUUAAUUCAGUCACUGCUCAGUUAAAAUGUAAAUACAAUCAAUACGCUAAGUGUAAACAGAAUUUGAUGGUUCCACAGCAGUUGAAUAUGAAGUUGCCUCGAUUGAGCAUUUUGUCUGUUUUGUGCUAAAGUUUUAACAAUUAACACCCAAAUUGCAAAUUGGCAUCGAAGAUAUGGCUAAAAAAGUAGAAAAUAUGUAGAUGCAUAGGCAAUAAUAAUGAGUAUUAACUGUGGGAGUAAUUGUUUAUAUUUUGUAAAAAACGAUGAAGUAGAUUGUUUAAUAUACUUCACAUUAUCACUAGCAUUGCUAGUAUCAAUAUUUCAUACUGGUUUUUUUUUACCUACCAAUGUUAGUAGUCUAAUAAAAUUGGUCAGAAUUUUAA